AUGCAAGAGAGCAGGAAGCGCUCCCGUCUCAGCCCCGAGGUUGACUCCACAACACCUGCCUGCAAUCAGUGCCGGUCGCGUAAGAUUCGAUGCGAUCGUAUAAAGCCAGAAUGCUCAACCUGUCGCAAAGCUGGUGUCCUCUGCGACUUUUCUGCCUCGUUCAAAAGGACGAAUCCGGCAAAGCAACUGGCACAAGACUUCUCGUCAGUCCUCGGCCGGUUGGACCAUGUAGAUCGAUCGCUGAUCCACCUGUCUCAACAAGUUGAAUCGUUGACCGCAACGUCUACUUCCAGGGAAGAGCCAUUCCUCCUGCCGAGUACCCAAGAAAAACCUGGGCCAUACACCAAUCAGGGGAAAGCGAGCUCGAACACAAGUCCAAUAAGACAGGUUUUCUCGACGGAGGAGAGUAGCGAGCAUCUGUACAGCUAUCCUGCCGCUUUGUGUUUAUUCCGCUCCUCACAGAAGUUGCUCAAGGCAACCCUUUAUACCAAGUCUCCGUCGCUCAGCGGUCCCUUAGCGGAAAUUUCGCAAAAUAGUGACCUACGGCCAUCGCUAAUACAUCACUGUGAGACUUUUCCGUUUCGAAAAAGGUGUACUGAUAGGCUCAGUGCUGGCGAUCAACGGCCUAUCUCGGCACCUCCUCAGGAUGUCGUGUAUUCCUUGCUCGAUCGAUAUCUCAAUCACAUAAACUUCUUUGUGCCAGUGUUUGAGGCUGAUGAUUUAUAUGCCGCCAUCCGAGAAUGUUUCCAAUGUGAUGGCCCUCCCAUCAACCCUGCCUGGCUGGUGUGUUUGAACAGCAUUGUUCUGCUGACGUUACAGCUGGAUGCCCAAGUGGCCCGGAGAUCUGGCUUCAAAAUUAACCCGUGGAGCAAUAGUUCGCAGGUAAUUUCCGACGCCUUUAACAACUGCUGUCGAGCCCUCGGCGACCCGCACGCGCUGUCGCAGCCAACAGUCGUCAACAUUCAGGCUCGCAUCAUGCUGGCGCUGGUGACACGAGAGUUCUUUAUCACUACGGCAUUUGAAAGGGCUUGCUACUCAGCUUGUCAACUUGCGCGGUCGAUGGGCCUUCACCGGUCCGUGGGGAUGGAUGAGAGCGCGCUACAAGCCCGCGAGCGACUCUAUUGGAUCCUAUACGACAUGGACAAGACCCGGGUUUUCCUCCGUGGUAAUUCUCCCGAUCUACAUUUCUUUGACUCCGAGUUUCAGCCCCGUCUAUCUACCUCGGACAUCUCCCCCGAGAUGCAUCUCCAUGCCAUCGCAUCACAUAUGAUGACUGUCUGGGAGGAAAUCUACAUUGGCCUAUACUCAGCAAGAGCGGUACGCUCAGGAGCGAAUUACCGCAAAGAUCAAGUGCAUCGGUUGCAACGUCUUUGUGAUGAGUCUCUACUUUUAAUUCCUCCACUGCGGUCCCACAACCCCGGCCUACGUCUGAUGCAGCUGGAGGUAAAAUAUUGCUAUCAUGUCAGCAAAAGUUUGAUUCACCGUUGUGAUCAGAAGGCCGAGAGACGGCAGAUCACGCACGAUCAUGCCGUUUCGGCCCUUCAAAUUAUGACUGAUGUGUUCGAGGAGCCUGUGACCCCAAGCAGCUGCCUUGUCCUGAGCCGGAUGUUCCAAAAUUACCCACUAAUUGGAUUCCACGACCUGUGUGUACGAUAUCUCACAGGAGAUGGUGUGGUCGAUUCUGCGGCCAUAAUUCCACGAAUAAUGAACCUUCGUCAUCAAUUGGGCUCCAUAGAUCAUCAGGAAGUAUCCAGCGCAUAUGUGACGAAGCUUCAUCAGGGGGUCACUUGGUGCACCGACUUAAUUAGCAUGGUUUUCGACGCAGGGCAGAGUUGGCAGCCCGCCCCAUUCCUGCUGACCCCGUCGGCGACCAAUGAUUCCAGUGAUCCCCAAAAAUCUGCGCCGGUCUGUUAUGGCUCUGCAACUGAGUGGCUGGAAGAUGAGGAUAAUCUAACCCCGGAGCAACCAUAUCCCCUCGGAUCGUUUCCAUCGCCGGAUUACUUCUUCGACCCUGCACUUCUUGAAUCUUUGCUCAUGGAAGGACAUUUCGCCUCGUAG